UUCACCUGGCUGCAGCCGGCCCCCCAACAUCUCUACUACUUAUAUCCGUUCUUCAGCUCCACAUCUUGCUUCCUUCUCCGUCACUGCGUAUCGAUCGACAUUGAUCCUCGAGCUUCCCUUCACCUUGACCCGGCCAUCCCCGCUACCCUGAUGGGCUUCCAUUCUUCGUCGUUUCCGUUGCCGUUGCUGAGGUAGCUGUGUGGUUGACAGGGUGUGGAUUGGUUUCCGUAGAUCUUUUGUCUCCGGGCUCUAUCUUCGCCCUGCUGUCGUCAUGGCAUCGACACAACAUCCGAGGAGGUCGAGAGAUGCUCAUAAUGAGAUGCCCAUCGGCCGCUACACGAGGUUAGACGAGAUCGGACGAGGGAGCUUUGCUACUGUCUACCAAGGUGUUCAUACAAAAACACGCACCUAUGUGGCCAUCAAGUCCGUAAACCUGUCUAAGCUUAACAGGAAGCUCAAGGAAAACUUGUCCUCCGAGAUUCACAUCCUCAAAGGUCUUUUCCACCCGCAUAUCGUGGCUCUCAUCGACUGUCACGAGACCACAUCUCAUAUUCAUCUGGUCAUGGAAUAUUGUGCUUUGGGCGACCUGUCCCUUUUCAUCAAACGCCGGGAUAGCCUCGGAGAUCACCGGUAUACUAGGGAUAUGAUUGCCAAGUAUCCAAAUCCACGUGGUGGCGCCUUGAACGAAGUAGUGGUCCGCCACUUCCUCAAGCAACUCGCGAGUGCUCUCAAAUUCCUUCGAGACCGAGACCUCAUCCACCGUGACAUCAAGCCUCAGAAUCUCCUCCUGUGCCCGUCCCCAUCGUCAUAUCGGAAUGGGGCCCCCCAGGUAGUCCCAUUCAAAGGCAGCGAAGACUCUUUCAGCCCCGCAACAGGGCUGGAAUCGCUGCCUAUGCUGAAGAUCGCAGAUUUCGGCUUUGCGCGAUCUCUUCCGGCCACGUCACUCGCUGAGACAUUAUGUGGCUCCCCAUUAUAUAUGGCUCCUGAAAUCCUACGAUACGAAAAGUAUGAUGCCAAGGCUGAUCUCUGGUCUGUGGGCACUGUACUUUACGAGAUGGUGGUUGGAAAGCCGCCGUUCCGCGCCACAAACCACGUGGAACUACUCCGUAAGAUUGAAAGGAGCGAUGAUAAGAUCAAGUUUCCAGACGAGAAUCCUGCUACGGCCGAGAUGAAGGCCCUAAUUCGAUGUCUUCUUAAACGGAAUCCUGUCGAACGGAUGAACUUUGCCGAUUUUUUUCAGAGCGGGAUUAUAACGGGUCCAAUUCCUGGUCUAAUCGCUGAUGAUGUCCCUGCCCCGCUUCGCCACCCUUUACUCGAGCCGGGUGCUGAGGAAUCGACAUCUCGCCCAGAGUCGGCAUCAGGCGUUAGAACUCCGCCAGGAACAAGGAAGGAGAGGAUCGUGUCAUCUACCAGGAGAUAUGAGAAUGAGCAAGCUAAUUACACCCCUCCUCACCGGUACAGCCCUCAUAGAUCGGAAACUCCACCGGCUUCUGCAUCUAUGCGCAGAAUUAGUAGUGGCGACAGACCCUCCUCAAAAUCGAGGCCUGUGUCAGUAGCAACACCACCACCACCACCACCACCAAGACCGGAAGUGGUUUCUCACGCCACAGCCCCCGGACGUCAGGAGCUUGUUGAUCGACCCUCGACAAUGACUGCUCUAGAGCGACAAACGAAUCGACACACAUACUCUGGAACCCCGCAGCUGGAUAAGGCAGCUGAAAAGAUGAAGGAGGAGCGUGAGCGUGCUGCACAAGAAGUUGCCUUCGAGCGAGACUACGUUGUUGUGGAGAAGCGUGCGGUUGAAGUGAAUGCAUUUGCAGAUGAGUUGGCUCAUAACCCUCGAAUUCAAGGUGGGAUAUCCAAACAGGCUGGGGCUCUCUCUCGCCGACCAACGGCCCAAGGCACUCCUCUAGCAAUACAGGUAUCACCACAGAGCUCCCCAAGUAAAGCCAUGCAGGUUAUAUCGGGACGCUCUCGAGCCGACUCGACACAUAAUCGCCAAGGGUCCUAUGAACGGCGAUACGGCCAAAGUCCCACGUCUGCGACAUCAGCAAUCUCAAAGGCACUCAAUAUGGCCAGCGGGCGUUUAUUUGGUAUGGGCUUUUCUCCUCCUCUGACUAUCACGAAAGGUGGACGCUCGCCCCCUUUGGGAUACAACCCUUUCCCUGCCUAUCCUACAGCUCCAGCUGGCUUAAUGGCCCUUGGAGACGGCUCCAAGCCUCUAGUGAACUCGGAUGAAGAUACAAGGACCGUCAAAGAGAUUGAAGAGUGUGCUACUCGAAGUGAUGUCGUAUAUGGCUUUGCGGAGGUGAAAUACAAACAACUGAUCCCGUUAGCCCCAUCUGUUCAAGCCGAUGGAAAGUCUAAUAUUCCGGGCGCCGGUUCUGACCUGGCCGACGGGGGACUAACAGUUGAUGCUGUUAUUACACUCUCCGAGGAAGCCCUUGUCCUGUACGUGAAGGCGUUGUCCUUGCUAGCCAAGUCAAUGGAUAUCGCUGGUGCUUGGUGGAAUCAUAAAAAUCGCGGAGAAGCCCUAAUGGAAUCGGGAAUACAUAGAGCCGAUGCUGGUAGUGCGAUUGUGGGCAACAGAAUCAACAACGUUGUGCAAUGGGUGCGCAGCCGGUUUAAUGAGGUGCUGGAGAAAGCCGAGUUUGUCCGCUUGAAGUUAAUCGAAGGACAACGACGACUGCCGCCUGACCAUCCUAACCAUCCGAGCAACCAUUCGAUUGGAUCGGUUGGCUCGGGUGCAUCUGCAGACGUCGUAGUCAGCUCUGGGGUGACGGCAGAGAAGCUGAUGUAUGACCGUGCGCUGGAGAUGAGCCGUGCAGCGGCUAUCAACGAACUCACAAGCGAGGACCUCUCUGGAUGUGAGAUUGCCUAUGUCACAGCCAUUCGGAUGCUAGAAGCUGUUCUAGAAGACGAUGAGGUGCCACGUUUGGGCCAAGGCAGUAAUACGGACAAAGGCGACAGGGUUAUGCUGGAUGGCGUGCAGGCUGAAGACCGAGAGGUUGUAUUAAAGUGUAAGUUUUAUUAUUGUACCUCGAGAUCUUUUUCAACAAAGGGCACUCUAACUCGAGAUUGUAGUGGUGUCUAGCAUUCGCGGUCGAUUGGCAUCUUUACGCAAGAAGCUAACUAUUCUUGCCAAACGACAAACCCCUCCUUCAAGUGGAAAGAUGAUUCCGUCUAACCUGGCAUACGCCACUGGAGCGACGCCCCCGAAAUGAGCAUUGAGAAUUU